UUUCUGCUCGCAAAGCCUCCAUAUGAUUAAGCAUGGAUAUCGGCGAUGAACAGGACCUGAUCGACGUUGGACGCAUGAGCAUUACAGCGAUAUCCCACUCUAGUCACGCGACACAUACCUUGUUUAUAUCGCAUGUUCUCAGCCCACUCACUGCCUGAUCAGGCAGUCGAUCCGCCAAAGUCGCAUUCAUUUGAGCUUAGUUCUGACUGCUUCGGGGCCCUCCAAUACCAUGUAUUGCUUUUUCUUUUCUUUGCAAGCAUCCAUGCUGCCUGAUCAUGUGCAAUCAACCCUACACUUACCUACCCUCCACUUCUUCUCCAGGCUUAUCUAUCUCACGCCUGUGAUGAUAGCGACCAGGACAUCAUGUCAGCGGUCAACAGCACCACCACCAACACUACUACUACCACCACCACCACACCACCAGCUCGCCUGCCAGACUACAAUGAAUACCUGACCUUUAGUUCAAACGACGAAGCCGAGAAGUUCGCGAUACUGAAAGACCGAUGCAGUGAAGCUGGACUGCUAGAUCGCCCGGAGACGCUGGGCCAGAAGGAGAGCAGGGCGGGGAUAUAUGACGAUGUAACGCUGCUCCGCUUCCUGCGCGCGCGCAAACUCGAUGUUGAGGGUGCGUACACGCAGUUCAAGGACGCUGUGGCGGUGAGAAGGGCGGUUGGCAUGGAGGAUAUGUAUGACAACAUCGACAUUGAUGAGUUUGAGGAGACGAGGCAGCUGUAUCCCUACUGGUCCGGUCGCCGCUCGAAGGAAGGCCUGCCGCUGUGUAUCUGGGACUGCAGUUACCUGACCAGCGCCCGCAUGGCCACAUACCGCGCACCGCUGAAACCGCCUCUCUCACUCUCAUCGACCAAAAACGAGAACAACGACGUUGACGCAAAGGUGCCCCCCGAAACCGUCCGCGCGCUCGCCGUACACGACUCCCUGACCCGGCUCGCGCUGCCGCUGUGCUCUGCAGUGCAAACCCGGCCGCACGCCGACCUACCGAUCUCAUCGUGUCUGUACAUCGGCGACCUAUCCUCCUUUGGGCUGACGCAGGCCUGGACGCUCAAGGCGUAUAUCCCGCACAUCACGUCGCUGCUCGCUGCUCACUACCCGGAGAUGCUGGACGAGGUGUUCAUUGUGAAUGCGCCCGGGUUCUUCCCGCGCGUGUGGAAGUGGAUUGAGGGGUGGUUUGAUCCUGUGACUGCGAGUAAAUUGCGGUUUCUUGGGAAAGAGGAGAUGGGGAUUCUGAGAGAGCGGAUCUGGGAGGGGGAUUUGCCGGUGCGGUAUGGGGGGACGUGGGAGUGGGAGCAUGGGAUGGGGAUGAGUCUGGAUAAGGAGGUGGAGAGACGGUUGGAAUGGGUGGGGGAGCGGAAGGAAUUGCCGGAAGGACCGUUGAAGUGGGUGAGGGAGGAUGGAAGGGACGUGAUUGUGGCGGUUGGCACAAAGAAAGGGGUCAGGAGGGAGGAGAUUAUUGCCAGGCUUAAGACUUAGAAUCUCCAAGUGAGGAUGUUGCGUUUGAACAUAGAUAUACAUUAGAUGUAGAUUCGGAACCUGUCAUGUCAUCGGUCUUAGGGCUUCUAUACUUCUAUAGUGCCAUUACAGUGCUUAAUCC